ACACAUUUCAGUUUAACUCGAUGGUGAACAGAUUUCUUUGAAGACCAUUCAAAUAUUUACUUUUCUCAUUUAACUUUCUACUCUCCUAAAGUUGUUUGUCUGUGUUUUAUAAAGGUCUCACUGUGAAUUACAAAUGGAGCCAGAAGCUGAAGACCCAGAUAAUGACAACUUGGUGCCCUGGUCAGGUUCAGAUGGUUCCCAGGAACUUUGUGUUUCUGAAUCAUUGGCGGAGUCGUGCAAUGAAGACGAUGUGAGCGGGUCAGAGUAUCCCUUGGACGCGCGGCCCCCUCAUGUCUUCGGGCCUGAACCUGAGUCUGCAGAGCACCUUCAGCCACAGGGCUGGGUAUCUGCCGGUGAGCAGCAGUCGCCACCCGAUGAGAGCGGAAGUGAAGAGGAUGUAUUGUACCAGGAAGAGGACGAGGUCUACCUUAGUGAGUCCAGAGGGUCUGUUACAGAGUCCCCCCACCGCCCGAGCUCCCCAUCACUGUCCCCUCAGGCACAGCGCCAUGACUCCAAGCCGCCCGCCGGCCGAGCAUCACAGCCGCAUUCCCCGUCCUCCUCCUCCCUCGGCGGUGCCGCUGACAUGACCCUGGCCUUGACCCUGACCACGCAGCAGCCGGUGGGAGCCAGUACGAGGCAGCGCACAGGGACUGGGAACAGGAGGGAUCAGUCUUCAGAGGAAGGAGGGAGCAGCGAAGCGCCUCCUGCUUCUGUCUUCUUUGGAAUCUCCGAUGAGGGUGCUGAGCAGGCAGAGAGGUGGAACUCAGGCUCUGACACAGAUCUGUGCAGACCUGACCGGCACGGGAGGAGGCUCACACGGCUUGGACAUAGUGAGAGUCAGUCAGAAAGACACGUCAAGGAGACCAAAUCUAAAUGUAAGAGAAUUGCUCUGCUUCUAACUGAAGCGCCCAACCCUCAAAACAAGGGAGCCCUGCUGUUCAAGAAGCGACGGCAGAGGGUCGAGAAGUACACGCUUGUCAGUUACGGGACUGGAGACAUCAAGUUCGACAGAGAAGACCAAAUAGAGGAGGACACCGAAGAGGUCAAGUCUGCCGCUUAUAACUUUGUGACAACAAGCGAUUCUGAGUACGAGGAAGAGUAUUCUGUUCUUCAGCAGCGGCAUCAUUUAAGUCUGAAUUGGCAAGGUGUUGGAGAAAUGGAAGAGCUGCCAGAGACGAAGGGGAAGGGAGUUUUGAUGUUUGCCCAACGUCGCAAACGAAUGGACGAACUGGUGUCAGAGCACGAAGAGCGGAUGAGUAAAGGAUCGCCUGUGGAGCUACUAACAGAACCUGAGUGUGCAGAACCGCAGGACCUUUACGACGCUACGGGAACGUAUGGUGAUCAGGCCGACUACAUGGAUGAGAGGUUCAAGCAACACCUAGAAUACCAGGAAAAUAUUCAGCAAAUGAACCACCCGUCCAACGUGCCAAAAGCACUGGUGCCAAACAGAACUGCAAAGCCCUUUCUUGGGUUUCAAGAUGGCGCGUCUCCUGUUCUGCAGAGCGGCACUGCUCCAGCGACAAAGAAGCAUGAAACAAGAUUCAAGGUUCCAGUUCCUAUUAACAGCAACCCACAGGUGUGGUCCCCAACUGGAGACAUCAUAGCCUCCAGGCACGAGCGGAUAUCUGUGCCAGCUAUUAAGACCGGUAUCCUACCAGAGUCCAAGCGGAAAUCCUCUAAGCCAUCAAUGCCCACGUCGAAAUCAGAUCUUCAGCUUCAAGGAAAAGGGGAAAGGAGGUCUUAUAUUGAGUCAGAGGAAGACUGCUUUAGUCUCGGGGCUGAGGCUUGUAACUUUAUGCAACCGAGAUCAGUAAAGCUCAAGAAUCCACCUCCUGUCGCCCCAAAACCCACGAUCAACCCAGCGUGCCCGCCCUGGUUGAGCAGGAGUCCCCCCAACGAGACAUAUGUUCUACCGCAAAGUCCGGUUUCGCCACCUUCCCACAGUUCUGCGGGGCCUCAAGGUCAGCUUUACUUACAACAGCAAGACUGGGUCCAGCCUCAACAGGUGGCCAACCGCUGGGCACCAGAUCAAGCGCAGGCAAGACUUCAAACGCCUCCCAGUGCCUGGGCGCAAGCCGGCGCCCCUCCUCAGCGUCAUCUCCAGCCGACCACAAAUAGCUGGAGCCAACUGCCCCGAUCCCCCGUGAGUAUGCAGGCCCGCAGUCCUACCCACAGCCCACACCCCCCACCUGUAGCCCCGAGGAGUAGGUCAGACAGUGCUCCCAACUCGGUCGCGUCUUGCCCACCACACGCAUCGAAGGCGCCGCCGGUUCUUCCAAAGGCCCGGUCCACAGGCAAAGGUGUUAAUGGUGCCGGUGAUGGUCCAACUAUGUCAGGGAAAGGUGCGCAGUUGUUUGCCAAAAGACAGUCCCGCAUGGAGAAGUUUGUGGUGGAUGCUGAGAAGGUGCAAGCUAACAAGCCGAGGUCCUCGUCCCCCUCCGCGUCCCUCCCCAACUCCUGGAGGUAUUCGUCUAACGUUCGUGCCCCUCCCCCUUUAUCGUACAACCCUCUUCUCUCCCCUUUCUACCCUCCAUCAGCAACCAAGCAAGCCCCUCCGGCAAGUCCUCAAAUCAAACCUAAGACCAAAGAAAAGCCCAAAGCAAAACACCUAAACUCCCUAGAUAUAAUGAAGCAUCAGCCUUAUCAGCUGGAUUCGUCGCUUUUUAAGUAUGAUGCAGUCCCAGAGGCCAAAAGCCCCAAACCAGCUCCAGCCUCAAAGUUUGAGCUCACUAAAGGCCUCAAACACAGAUCUGCCUCUCAUUCUGCUCAUAAUAAUGCCUCUGAGCACGGCGUUCACGUCAAGGCAGAGGCCCCUGCUAAGUCUCCCGCGCCGGGAUUUGGCAGAAGCCGCUCCCUGAGCCUCCCCAGGCGGCCCAGUUCUGUGGCGUCCCCGGGCCUUCUGUCCCCUCUGAGCACACCAGGGGCCCUGCCGCCGUUUGCUCCCACUCAGAGGCAGGCGCACAAGCCGCUGUCGCCGUGGGAGGCGGCAUCCAGGAGCCCCAUCGGAUCAGUGGACGAGGCCUUUGUGUUUCAGGGCCUCCCGUCGCCCGCCGCCUCCGGCGUCAGACCCGCUGGGCUCAGCAGGUCUCUGCCGGAGCCUCCGGAGGAGUGGAAGCGCAGGGUUUCCCUCGAGCCCCCAGCUGUCGGCAACUACAACGCGGCACCAGGUUUUCAGAGGAGGACUUUUUCACCUGGGAAGCCGGCCUCCACUGGGCCUCCCUUCAGGCCUGCCCAGCCUCUGGGCCCUGCCAGUAGGCCCAGGGCUGGAUUCAGUCCAGUCAAGUACUCUCCCCUCUACAGUGCAGUCCAGUACCAGUAAGACAAGGUCAGACAUGCAUCUGACCAAGGGAAGCAUCACUGACUGCUUCUGUCUGUCCAUGAGAGCUAAAUCUUAGGAUUAUUAUCAUCAUUAUUAUUAGACCUCAAAGUUGCUGUUUUAGAUAUUUGAUACGUGUGGUAAUUCUGUUUGAAGAGCACAAAACCUACUGUACAUGUUGUGUAUUGCUACUGAAAAUAUUACCCUGCCGAGCACCGCUGCAGCAGAAACCACACUAAAUGAAUGAAAUGAUAAGAAAUGAGCACAAAAUUACUGUAGGCUUUGUUUUGUGAGUUACGGUGACUGUGACGUAUAUGAAAGAAAGUUACAAGAGCAAUAAUUUCUAUAUUAGGUAGAGUGAUAUCAGUUUAUUGAAAAAGUGAACUAAUGAAUGGAUGAAAAAAGUUUUAAAUUAGUGGUUCUCAACUGGUCACCAUCACCACCACCAUCAUCCCUUAAUGGCGAGGACCAAUACUGCAUUAUUAAAUGCCAGUUAGCAUUACAGGGCAUAAUCGCUACCUACUGUAGAGGAGUGUGAAUAGACAAAACAUUUGAAAAAAAAAACCAACUCACUGCAAACGGAUUCAUAACUCACUUUUGGGUCGCAACACACCAGUUGAAAAUCACUGUUUUAAAUAUUUGGUGAGAAAUAAGGUGCAAACAAAACUGUGUGACUUUUAAAUAAUUUGUCUUCAGCUUCACUCAAGUUUCAGUUUUGGGUUUAUGUUAUAAAAGCUGUGUGUUGUUGCUGUGACAGUGUUAGAUUAGAUUAGAAUUUUAGAGUUUUUAGGAAAAGAAGAAAUCGAUUGUCAAAGUUGGAACAAGUCAUCAGCUUUCUCAGUUAUGACAUGAAGAUGGCAUUUCAAAAAGGUAGGUUUGUAGCUGUUAUUCAUCCAUUUCAGAGGUACUGUAGGUGUUACAUACACACAUUCAUGGUGGAAGCAGAUCAAAUGAAAAUUGUUUAAUUUAGAUAUUCAAACCUGUGUUUAGCAUUUUACUGAUGUUUGAACAUCAACACAAACUGAAAAAUUAUACGACAAUAAAAUGCUUCA